AUGCUGAAAACUUUGCUUCCUCUUCUCACUCUCGCUGCUCUGUGCCUCGGACAGUAUUGUCCACGUGGAAAGAAAGUCUCAAUGAAAGACCAAAUACGUCUUCACGUAAAAGUCAAGUAUCCCAACAAAUAUGCCUACCUACCAAGAUUCUUCACCGAAUCAAAUGAGGAUUGGCUCGCCUAUCCCACUGAAGAAGAUGUCGGUUCACACGACAUUUACGUUCUUGUGAAAGGAUGCAAAAAUGCAAUGCUGUUAGAACUAAUUGUUUAUAAUCAUCACUCUCCAAUGAUGUGCGAGCAGCCAAUUUUUUUCAUUAGAAAAGAUGAUGAAGAUCAAAAAAUGUCCUGUUGCAAUUCUAGAAGUUCCCAUCUUACUGCCCCUACAACAAUCAAUGGAGAAGGAAAAGAAGUUCUUCAAAUUGAAGAGAUAGAAACUUCUGAAGCAAUUACGAUCAACGAAGAGAAAGAAGUUCUCCAAAAUGGAAGCAUUGAAGCGACAACUGAAGCAAUUCAGAUCAACAAAGGAAAGGAAGUUUUCCAAACUGAAGACAUUGAUGCUCCCUUCGAAGCAACAUCGAAGACUAGAGAAGCAGAAACAAGAGGAAGAAUGGAAGAAAUUGUGGCUCCCUUCGAAGCAAUUCCGAUUACUGAAGAACCAACAAUGAAGGAAUCUCUUCAAUUUGAAGACAUCGAAUCAUCCUCUUCCAUUUCGUCUGACAAAAAGUCCGAGAAAAAUGAAGUUUUUCAAAUGGAAGAAAGUGAAGCGACAACUGAAGCAAUUCAGAUCAACAAAGGAAAGGAAGUUUUCCAAACUGAAGACAUCGAGGCUCCCUUCGAAGCAAUUCCGAAUACCGAAGAGCCGAAAAUAAAAGAGUCUCUUCAAAUUGAAGGCAUCGUGAACGAAGAGAAGGAAGCUCUCCAAAAUGGAAACAUUGAAUAUUUCGCCGAAAUCAUCCCAAUCACUCCAUCAUCGUCUCCCACAUUUUCUUCACCGACGAUGACGUCAUCUCUUUUGCCGCCCCAUGGAACAACAAUUUCAACAACGCUUUCGGAAUCAAAAAAUGAGGUAACAUAUUUUAUAUAUAACCUUUGGUAA